AUUUACGGAUCGGGUUGAUCCAAGGCCAAAGGGUUCGAAACAUCUCCUCCCAAGCCCCGAACUCCUCCUCCACCUCCACCUCCUCCCCGAUUCCCCGUCGAUCUCACACCCUCUCUACUCUCUACGAUCCCCGCAAAAAGUAAUGGAAUCUACAGCUGUUGCAAAUUCAGAGUCUCCAACACUUGCUCCCGACAUGGAGCAGCUCUCAGAAAAUACGGUUCCACAUAAUUCAAAUCAUGAGUAUGAGGAGCACAAAGUUGAUUUCAGUUCUGAAGAAAUAAGAGGCAUAAUGGGGGUGAUAGCUGCUACUGGGAAGUUUUGGCAUGAUUGGAGCUUGCUCAAAAACUUGCUAUCUUCUCGGCUCAAGCAGGUCUUGGCUGAAUACCCUGAAGCCCAAACAGGCGGCGGAGUUGGGUCACAACAGAGUUUGUUAUCAGAUGAAAGUGAAACAUAUUCAGAGUUGGUGAGACGGCUUGAUGAAGCUCUUCUGAGUUUUAUAGAGGGUCCUCCCUUUACACUGCAAAGACUCUGUGAGAUCCUUCUGUCUCCAAAAAGCACGUACUCAAACUUGUCGAAGCUUGCUCUGGCCCUGGAGAAGAAUUUAUUGGUGACUUCUACUCUGACAAAGUGUACUGAUCCUUACCCAACGGCACCAGGACAAAUAACUGACGACACUGAUAAAGAAUCCGAGGGGCCACCAAAUGAGCACUCUAAUCCAGUCCCAAACGGAGUAGAAAAUGCAGGUGGGGAUGGUGAUGAAGAGAUGACCGAUGCCGAGCCUGAUGGAGAUGGUAAUAGCACUAACCCUGACACAGAGAUGCAGGAACAGAAGGACAGUAGCGAAGCAUUAGAUGGCGACUCUGAGAUUGUCUCCAAUUCUGCUCCUCCCACUGAAACUGAUACCACUAGCGAACAAUGUUCAGUUUCCGAGAAACCGUGAGCGAAUAGAGACACACCCAGCUUGACCAAUACCGCGGUUUUCUUCAUGAACUACUGGCCUACAUGGGAACAUAUCUGGUUUCUCUAGCUGUGAUGUUCUACUUGUUUCUUAAUUGAGGGUUUAGCUGUAUAAACGAUAAAAAAUGGCUACUUUGCUGUGAUAUUGGUUUCCCAUCCAUUAAAGCUGUUUUUGGCAUUGUACGAUUAUAAUUCAGGUUCUACAGCUCGGUACUGUGGAAGUCAAAGAUUAGCAGCGUAGUUGAGCUUAUCACUUGUGAUUAAGGCGCUCUUUGUACCUCGUACUGAACCCAGAGCAAGAUGCGUGGGAUAAAAUUUUUUCUGUUCUAAUAUCUUUUCUAUUUGAUGUGUGAAAGAAAAAUCUUUGUAUCAGAAGAUUGAGUCGAUGGUUUUGUA